AUGCCGAAGGCACUGGUUUUGCCAGAAGGGAAGGGACUGCCCGAAGUUGAUGGACUACCAGAAGGCGAGGGAAUACCAGAUGGCGAGGGACUACCCGAAGGCGAGGGACUGCCCGAAGUUGAUGGACUACCAGAAGGCGAGGGAAUACCAGAUGGCGAGGGACUACCCGAAGGCGAGGGACUGCCCGAAGUUGAUGGACUACCAGAAGGCGAGGGACUACCAGAUGGCGAGGGACUACCAGAUGGCGAGGGACUACCCGAAGGCGAGAGACUACCCGAAAGCGAGGGACUACCCGAAGGCGAGGGAUUGCCAAAAGAUCCGACAUUAGCAAAGGGUCCACUGCCGGUAGGAGUUCUGGCGUUAUCAAAAGGCCUAGUGGUUGCGGACGGCCCUCGACUGGCAGGUGGCCCGGUACUUGCAGAUGGCCCGGUACUGGCAGAAGUUCCGGCACAGGCAUUUCCGGCGUUCAGAGGUCUAGCAGUACCCCUUCUGGAAUGA